CCUUUUACUUUUCUUUUUCUUCUUUUCAACACAUUAUAAACAUAUAUAGUAGUACUAUAUAAAAAAAAUACAUUUAUUCUAUUUUUUCUUUUCUACUCUUUCCUCCUUCAAUCUUCUUCUGGGUGUUCUUGAUUUCUCACCAAUUAUUCAGUUUGUCAGCUCAAUAGUAUUUAAUCCUGAUCAGAGGAAGGGAGAUGCUGCAUGCUGACAGGAACUUGGUCUUUACUCUCUACCGUCACUGAAACUUCAGGCUGAAAGGAGUUAUGACAAAGUAUUCUACAGACGAGGUGGAACUGUAUACCAAUUGGGAUGAUGUGUUUUGUCCCAUCUGCCUGGAUUUUCCUCACAAUGGUGUUCUCCUCCGGUGCUCAUCUUAUGACAAGGGUUGCAGGCCUUUUUUGUGUGACACAGAUCAUUUGCAUUCCAACUGUCUAGAACGCUUCAAACAAGCAAAUCAGAUGAUGGCUGGUUCACAAUCACUGACAUCCAAUGAGCGAGAAGAUGUGACAAAAUCGGAGGCCAACAGCUGGCCUCCCUGCCCCUUGUGUAGAGGAGAAGUUACUGGAUGGGUUGUUGUUGAGAAGGCCCGCAUGCAUCUCGAUGUCAAGGAACGCUGUUGUGAAGAGGAUAAAUGUGGAUUUAAAGGUACCUUCGCUGAACUCCAGAAACAUGCUAAACUUGACCACCCUCAUGCAUGUCCCUCAAAAAUCGAUCCUGCUCGACAGAUUGACUGGGAAAACUUUCAGCAGUCCUCCGAAAUAAUAGACGUCUUGAGUACUAUUCAUGCAGAAGUUCCCCGAGGGGUUGUUUUAGGUGAUUAUGUGAUUGAAUAUGGAAAUGAUAAUUCUGAUGAUGAAUUUGAGAAUUUCCCUUCAGCGGAAGGGAACUGGUGGACAUCAUGUAUCUUGUAUCAGGUAUUUAAUAACUUUAGGACGUCUAGAAACAGAAGAAGAUCUAGAGUAAGUAAUACAAGAAGAGGAAACCGUCAUUUGGGUUAUGAUGCUUCAAACUCUGAUGAGAGUUCUGUGACGUCUGUAGAGUAUGUAGAUUAUGGGGUUGAUGAGACUGAUGAUGAGUUUGUAACUGCUGCUGGCCUCUCAAGAAGAAGAGCUGAUAGUCGCAGGUUCUUUCAUCCACGAAUGGCACUCCUUCCAAACUCUCCCUGCUGUUUUCUUCCUUCUGACAAUUUCAAUACAUACUAACCGCCACUCCAUUUUUAUCCUCAUAAAAUGAUCCACCAACAAAUAACUUCAACUGUUUUGAGUCGUCAUACAAAAUUGAGAUAACAAGUCCUAAAUUAUAUUUAGAUAUGAUCAUAUGGUGGUGGAGAAAAGUAUUAGUCAUGGAAGUCCAAACAACGAAGUAUCAAGCGAAUAAAUAGGAAACGGAAAAGGAGUAGAAUAUACUAGCCUCUUCAUAUUUUAAUCCUCACUGGUUAUAUUUGCAUUUCAGCUAUUUCCACCACCAUCAACAACAGCAUACCCAAUUUAGUCGCACAAAGUGGGGUUUGGGGAAGGUAGAGUGUACGUAGACCUUACCUCUAUCUCAGAGGUGGAGAGGCUGUUUCCAAUAUACCCAUCUCGAGACAAAAACAGUCUGUAAAUUUCAUUUAUUUCCACCAUUUCUAACAUUAUACCAUUGACCUAGCUUGUUGCAACUUCUGAAGUUAAGAUUUUGGGGUUACUGACUAUGGUAUGGUUGUGAAAUCCAUGGUUGUGAAAACCAUGCUAUUAGUACUGGCCUACUAAGAGCCUUUUCUUCUGCCUCGUAAAUUGUGUUUGACGGAAACAUUUGACCGUCAAUCAUUUACCUUUUUGCUAAUUCUAAACUCCUUGUGGAAACUAUAAAGAAUUGAUCUGGGAAGAAAACAGACAGUUCAAUGUGCGUUCAAGUGAUUUAUAGUCGAGCAUUGUCUAUUCUCCCCUAUCAGUAUUGUUAUUAUUACUUGCAUGCUAUCUUGUUCUUCGAUUCUAUUAUUACCUGUUGUUUCCCUUGCUUGAGUUACGUAUUACAUGUUGUUACUGUUUCUCUUGUCCAUUAUGUGCAUGACUGCUUCACUGUUAUAUUGUUCUUUCCAUACUUGGUUUUAUUAUGCUUUAAUUGAGUUAGGAUCUAUUGGAAACAGCCUCUCUACCUUCACAAGGUAGGGGUAAGACUGCGUACACACCAACCCUUCUCAGAGGCCACUUGUGCGAUUACACUCGGUAUGUUGUUUUUGUCGUAAAGGCUGGUCCGGCUGGUCCAGUUUAAGAAUUGUAUUGCAGAAACAUAGAAAAUGGCAUCAUGUGAAGGAGAUUGCUUUAGCGAAUUUGUAUUGUCAAUAGUAUCUUUGUCACUAAUGUUCUGUCUGAUUCACAAGUUUUAUUUUUUUCAUGCUUCCUUUGUGGUACAGUUCUCAAAGGCGACGUUCCCGCUUCUAUGAUAAUUAGG